AUGAAUGAAAACUACGAAAUGAAAUUAAUCAAGAUUGGGGAUAACGACCCAAAUGAACUACUAGACGGUAAAGGAACGCCAUCCACACAAGAGUGUAUGGAUUAUGAAUUUGUGAUGGGGGACAACACAUUAAUUCGCUUAAUUGAUACGCCUGGAAUAGGAGAUACUAGAGGACCAGACAAAGAUAAAGAAAAGAGUGCCAAGGACAACAUUGUCUUUUGCUUUACCAAUUCCAGAACGACGUUCUAUCGUCCCGGAGAGACACUUGUACCACUCAGGAAACGACUCGAUGAGCUUAGGAAAAAAUCAGGCAUCGAAAUAAAAACCAACCGAGACACACUGUAUUGUUUUGACAAUGAAGCAUUUAGAUUCCUAGCAGCUAUUAGAGGAGGUAUAAAGUUUAAGGAUAGAGAUGAAAGAAGCUUCGCAGAGAGCUGGGAAAAAUCGACCGAAGACUCAUUCAAGAAAAUCAAGAAGAGUGCUGAUUGCUUUCAUUAUGAUAAUGAGAUUAUCAAAGGGCUUGAAGAGACAAAGAGUGAGUACCUAAUGAAGAUAAAGAAUAUUAAAAAAGCAUUCAAUGAUAUAGAUAGUAAUUCUUCUGAACAACUGAUCUCGCCAGAAGACAUAGAAAAGUUUGCACAACAAUUGUAUACUCUAGAACUCAAUGGUGAACCCUGA